UGCUUUUAAUAACGGCAUACACAAUAACACGGGGACUCAAUGAGCCAUCCUUAUCAAGAGUGUGCGCGUACAUAUAUUGACUGUGUACACAUCUAUACAUUUUUAAAGUUUUAAAUCACGCAACGAGAGAUUUAUGUCAGACCUAUCGGGAGCGUGAAGUCUGUAUUUACCGUGCAGUAGAGUUGGUCGCCCGUUAUUUACUUCCGUGGAAAUCGGUUUUCCUCGCUAUCCAACAAACACAUGUAAUUGAUUCAAACGCUGGUUUCGCUAAUAGAGACCGGGCGUAUAGAACCGCGCUGAGGAAAAAAUGUCAGAGGAUAUCAAAAAUAUGUCGGAUGAUCAAGAACCAGAAAGUUACGAUGUGUUACUAAGGAACGGAGUGAAACCAAAUGACUUCUACAAUAACGGAAAGUCAAAGAUGGACUGUCCAAACUUUAAGAUGGAAUUGUUACAGAGUGAAUACAUAAGAAUCAGACGAUAUCUAUACGGAUUAACGGCGGUCGUUGUGACUGGGAUUUUGAUACUAAUUGUAGUGGUAGCUGUUUUAUUUGGGAAAUUAAGUCAUGACUUGGUCAAUCAUGAACACAAACCAAAAGUAGGGGAACAGAUCUCGGCGAUGCAGAAAGAAAAUGAACUAUGUGUUCCAUGUGCCAGCAUUAGGUCAGGUCCAAGUGUUGAAGAAAACAAAGUUUUGGACGAAUUUGCCAGAAAGUACGAAGAAAACAUUGAAAUGUGCUGUGUUGAAACUCCGUCAGAGCUUCUGCUUAUGUUAGAAUUGUUCAUUGAAAAAAGAUACAGAGAAGAAUCGGCAAAAGGUAAUGUUCCUCGCACUGGUGAAUUGGUAUCCUUUGAGGGUCAACAGACGGCAGCGCACCUGCUAGGCUCUCAAGAAAGACUAGACGAAGACAUCGGUCCAGGCACGCGGUUUUCCGUACCACACUGGAUAUACGACAAGGACAUUGCAUUCCUCAGUAACGUGAAAUAUCGCCACGGAAGACUAGUGGUGCCCUCUGACGGGUAUUAUUACGUCUACAGCCAGGUGUCGUUCGUAGAGCUAUAUUCCGGAAGUAACCCUGCCACCCAAUCAUCCUCCAUAUCCCAUUAUUUGUGUCGCUAUAACAUAAUCUAUCCUAACGGAGGAGAGGAAAUUCUGGCUAAAAAUGCCGUCAGCAAAGCAUCUAACAGCAAAGUUGUCGGAGAAUACAGCAGCCAUCUUGGAGCGUUGUUUAAAUUGCGGAAAGACGACGAAGUGUAUGUUAAAGUCUCGGAUUUAUCUCUUAUGGUUCGAGAUGUUAGGAGAAACUACUUUGGUAUCUUUAAGUUGUCUAAUAUCACACAAAACGAUUAACUACAGUGCAGGCAAAUCCACAUUUCAGCGUUUGUCAUUCUUCAUAAAUGCCUUCAUUCAAUUAAUAUAAUUAUAUAAAUACAUGAUUUAUGAAAGUGAUUGCUUUUUGAACAUUAUUAUAGUAGCAACAAUAUCAAAGUUGUUAGGAACGAAACAGACAAAAAUGCUUAUUAAUUGUAUAGAUGUAAUUAGUUUGGAGAUACAGUUUAAAAGCAAGGAUCUAGAAUAAGAGAAAAAUCUCAUUUUCAGUUUUGUAAUUCAUCGAUUUUUGCCCAACUGGAGCUUACUAAGAAAUGUGUUCCAAAUUGCAUAUUGCAAUAACCAGUGUGUCGAUUGUCAAUCGUAAUGUAAUAUAUUGUGAUUUGAAAAAUAGCAAGUACAUGUACAUGUAUAUUUGUUGAUCGGAUUGAGCAAGCUAGAGAGAGAGAGAGAGUGAGAGUGAGAGAGAUUUUAAGACAUUAAUCGUUGCAAGUUAGUGCAGGCAUGUAAGGUGAAAGG